AUCUACUGCCAGAAGAGCUGACUCUCCUUUAUUCUCCAGGAAGACCUCGCCAGGAUGAAACCUUUCCCGGUCGUGCUGGCGGUGGCAGUAGCCCUGUGCGUGCAGAGAGCAUCGUCUCUGUAUUGUUACAAGUGCGAGAAUGUCCAGUAUCACAAGGACUGUAAAGAGGUGAGGUGUUCGGAUAUGGACGUCUUCUGCGUGUUAGCAACGAACCCUUCCAAUCAGACUGUCUUUGUCUCCAAGUGGUGUUCGCCAACAUGCCCAAAGGCCAGUGAAAUCAGGGGGGUCAAGAGGACUGUGGCCUGCUGCGAGACCGACUACUGCAACAGCGGUGCCGGCAGCGCCAGAGGCAGCUACGCCCUCCUGGGCGCGGCUCUGCUUGCCAGUUGCUUCUGCAUCCUCCGAACUGGGCUGUGACGGAGGCCAGGCCGGAAGACGGUGUGAGGGAGCCUCUUGGAAACUCAUCGGAGAU